AUGCUGAUUGAACUACUAGAGGCCAAAAGUAAACGUCAGGCUGCAUCAACAAAAUACAAGAUUCAAAAAAAGGUUGCAGAACAUGGACGCAAGGCCCGCAAGGACGCAAAGAAAAAUCCUCAGCGGAAAGCAUUAAAGAAGGAUCCCGGCAUUCCAAAUCUCUUUCCAUUCAAAGAGAAACUUUUGCAUCAAGCCGAGGAAGCAAAACGCAAGGUUUUGGCUGCUUUGGCUGAAGAUGCUACCAGUCGCAGUCGUGCAUUUGACACUACUCUUGUUCAGAUUGGAUCAAAAGGCAGCUUGGCUACUGAACGCAGCGACCCAGCCUUGAGUGGCCGUAAAGACGAUUCUCGCAAGGCGUAUUAUCGUGAAUUUAAAAAAGUUAUUGAAAAUGCAGAUGUUAUCUUGGAGGUUUUGGAUGCUCGUGAUCCAUUAGGCUGUCGUACCAAGCAGAUUGAAGAACUCAUUUUGAACGCUGGCUCUAAUAAGCGAAUUAUUUUGAUUCUCAACAAAAUUGAUUUGGUUCCUCGCGAAAAUGUAGAGAAAUGGCUAAAAUACCUUCGCAAUGAGUAUCCUACUGUUGCGUUCAAGGCAUCUACCCAAAGUCAACGCUCCAAUUUGGGCCAAUCAACUGUUUCUACUCAGCAAGCAAGCGAUGGUUUGCUGACUAGCAGUGAAUGUCUUGGUGCGGACAAUUUGAUUCGACUGCUCAAAAACUAUUGCCGAAAUAUCAACAUCAAAACCUCCAUCACUGUUGGAAUUGUCGGAUUUCCUAAUGUCGGAAAAUCAAGUGUCAUCAACUCUUUGAAGCGCUCCAAAGUGUGCAACGUAGGUGCAGCACCUGGAAUCACCAAAGUAUCGCAAGCCAUUCAUUUGGACAAAAACAUCAAACUUUUAGACUGCCCUGGUAUUGUCUUUAGUCGCAGUAACAAUGAAGAAGAUGCUGCGCAGGUUCUUCUUCGAAACUGCGUCAAGGUUGAACUUCUUGAAGACACACUUGGUCCAGUCGAGUUGAUUGUAUCUCGUUGUAAAAAGGAACAGCUAAUGAGUUUAUACUCUGUAAACCACUUUGUGGAUGCAACUGAUUUUCUUGUGCAACUUGCCAGAAAUCGUGGAAAACUUCGCAAGGGUGGUAUUCCAGACAUUAAAGGUGUAUCACGUUCGGUCAUUCAAGAUUGGAAUAGCGGUCGAAUUCCAUUCUAUACAAUUCCUCCAGAAGCAGGACCUGCAGUUGAAAGCCACAUUUCCAGCGCUAUUGUCGAGUCAUGGAGCAAGGAGUUUUCACUCUCUGAAAUUCUUGAACUUGAAGACAAAGAAGUUCUUCCAAACGCACAGAAAACCCCAAUUGCCCGUUCAAAAAUGCACACGUUUUCUAAUACCGGCCCUAUGCCUGUUGAUAUGCUCCUAGAUCGCCUUCCUAAAGGAUAUAACGAUGCUGAUGACAUUUUGUCUUCCGAAGAAAUGGAUCUAGAAAAUCAGGAUAGUGACAGUGAGGAAACCGAAGACCAAAUGGACGACAGUGAAGAUGAGCAUAGUGGAGAUAGCAUGUCAGAUGUGGAGGACACGAAAAUGCCAGAAGAUAAAAAAAUUGUUCCAGAAAUCAGAUUCAAGCCAAUCCAGAAAAAGAAAACUCUCUCCAAGCUGACUGACAGAUCUGUUGAUAUAAGCCAAGAAGAAAAACGCAUCAAUCCUCAAACUAACAAAAACUUGCGCAAAAUGCAAAAACAACUCAAGCGCAAUCAACGUAGAAAUGCUCGCGAUGACAAUGCGGAUGACGUCGAGAUGGAGUAAUGCCUGCUAUUUAGGAAUAAAACAGCUUAUCAUUUAUUAUC